AUGGAAUACCUUACUCAUCCACCUAUUCUUAGACCUGCACAGCUUGGAAUACCGUUAAAGCUAUACAUCUCAGCUUCCCCUUACUCAGUAGCAGGACUCUUAGCACAGGAUGGUGAUGGAGAAGGGGGUAAGAAGAUUGAACAUGCAGUUUACUACUUGAGCCGAACCUUGGUAGAGGCUGGAACUAGAUAUUCGCCAAUUGAGAGGUUGUGUUUAGCUUUGUACUUUGCUGGUACCAAGCUCCGCCAUUACAUGCUGUCCUUCACUACAGUGGUGGUGGCACAAACUGAUUUAGUGAAGUAUAUGCUUACCAGACCUAUGCUUAGGGGUCGGAUUUGCAAGUGGAUCUUGGCGUUAUCAGAGUUUUCUUUACAAUAUACACCUUUAAAGGCGCUUACAGGACAUGCAGUGUCUGACUUUUUGUUGCAUCAUCCUAUUAUUGAGGAUAUCGAAGAGCAGAACUUGGUUGUUUCCUUUGUCCACACUCAGUCUUGGGUUCUGUAUUUUGAUGGCAGCAUCACUGAUCAUUUAUCAGGAACAGGUGUUGCAUUGGUUAACCCUUCCAGACGAGCAUCGGAGUUAUUAGACCAAUUUUCAGAGGUGGUGCUUGAUUAUAUUCCUAGGGAACGAAAUUUUGCUGCCAAUGAAUUAGCACAGUUGGCUACUGGCAUCCGCUUAGAAGAUGGCGUUCGCGAGAGGAUUCUGAAGGUUCAGAGACGCACGUUACCUUCCUUUAUGGCAAGGAAAGAAGUUAACGAUGAAUGGUUGGUUGUUGUUAUUGACGCUAUUGAUGUGGAUUGGCGACAAUCGAUUAUCCAGUACCUCACUGAUCCUUCUACACCGAUGGACAAGAGGGUUCGAUAUUUUGCUACUAACUACGUCCUUCGAGGCGGUGAACUAUUGCGCAGGACAGAAGACGGCUUGUACCUGCGAUGCAUCUAUGAAGCUGAGGUUAAGAGGUACUUACGAGAGAUUCAUUGUGGCAAUUGUGGUUCUCACCAAGCUGGUCCAAAGAUGAGAUGGCUCAUUCGUCGAUAUGGUUUCUAUUGGCCUACCAUGCUCAAGGACUGUAUCAGCUUUGCACAAGGUUGCAUCGAAUGCCAAAUGCAUGGACCCGUCCAGCAUGUGCCAGACGUUCCUCUGCAACCAAUAAUUAAACCUUGGCCGGGUCGCGGUUGGGCUUUAGACUUUAUUAGGAAGAUUCAUCCAAAUUCUUCCUUACAGCACAAGCACAUUCUACUGGCGACAUAUUUUUUCACCAAGUGGGUAGAGGCUAUACCAGUCAGGACGACAUCUUCAGAGGUGAUCACUGACUUUAUCUUCAAAUAUAUUCUCACCAGAUAUGGCAUCCCAGAGUGUUUGGUAGCAGACAGGGGGGCAGGUUUCAUGGCUGAGAAGACUCAGAAGUUCUUAGCUGGCUAUGGGAUCAAGUUUCUACAUUCCAUACUUCUUAUUGAGAUUAUUGUUCAGUCGCUGAGGGUUCGUGAGCAGCACCAGUUGAUUGGCGAAUACUAUGUCCAGGCUAUGUAUCAAGAACAUGAAGACUUGGAUUCUCGCCGGAUGGAGGCUCUCGACAACCUUAUGGCAGAAAAGCAAAAGAUAGCACGACUAUAUGACAAACGCACAAGAGGACGCAGCUUUGGAGUUGGGGACUUGGUUUGGAAAGCUUGUCUGCCUUACGGUGAGCGAGUUGAUGGUCGUGGUAAAUGGUCUGCUAAAUGGGAAGGUCCUUUUGUGAUAGAUCGAGUACUGGGUAAAUGA